AUGGGGACCUUCGGGUCCCUUCCCUUCCCCCCCCUGGAGGACGGUCCUCUGGCCACACGGGGACCCUCGGCCACACGCCCUUCCCCCCCUGGGGGACGGCUCUCAGGCCACACGCCCUUCCCCCCCUGGGGGACGGCUCUCAGGCCACACGCCCUUCCCCCCCUGGGGGACGGCUCUCAGGCCACACGCCCUUCCCCCCCUGGGGGACGGCUCUCAGGCCACACGCCCUUCCCCCCCUGGGGGACGGCUCUCAGGCCACACGCCCUUCCCCCCCUGGGGGACGGCUCUCAGGCCACACGCCCUUCCCCCCCUGGGGGACGGCUCUCAGGCCACACGCCCUUCCCCCCCUGGGGGGCGGCUCUCAGGCCACACGCCCUUCCCCCCCUGGGGGACGGCUCUCAGGCCACACGCCCUUCCCCCCCUGGGGGACGGCUCUCAGGCCACACGCUCUUUCACCCCUGGGGGACGGCUCUCAGGCCAACGUCGAGACUCUCGGUUCCCCUUUUUCAGUGGAAGACGUCCUUUGGUGCGCGCGCAGUUGAUCCUGCCGACGUUGCAGUUUUCCCACGCGACGUGUGCAGUGUUACUUAG